AGUUGCUUCGAUACAUUUUUUCUACUUCAAUUCCACUUCUCUGGACAGUACGACUCCAAAGGCACCUAUCAACCCGGCGUGAUGCAGAGAAGUGAAGACACUGCUCCCGUUGUGGAAGGGAGGGCCCCUAGCGAGAAAGGCGAUAUGAAACAUGAAGAGUUCGAGGAGAAAGUUCGAGUACGAGGGGACUACUCUGGGGCGACAUCAAAAACCGACCCUGCAGAGAAAAAGCUUGUCCGAAAAUUGGAUAUCUGGAUUAUGCCUAUGCUGUGGCUAAUGUAUUGGCUAAACUAUCUGGAUCGCAAUGCCAUCACUCUUGCUCGCCUGAACGGGUUCCAGAAGGAACUAGGUCUUUCCAGCGAACAGUAUUCCACCACAAUCUCUAUUCUAUUUGUCGGGUACAUCCUAGGACAAAUACCCAGUAACAUGAUUAUCACUAGGGUCCGCCCAUCGUGGUAUAUGGGACUAUGCAUGAUGGGGUGGGCUAUAGUGAGCGGUCUCACUGCCCUGACUCAUAAUUACACAGGUGUUGUCCUGACCCGUUUCUUCUUGGGACUCGUGGAAGCUCCUUAUUACCCCGGCGCGCUCUAUCUACUAAGUAUAUUCUAUACGCGCAAAGAAAUCGCGACUCGAAUCAGCGUGCUGUACUCUGGGAACAUUCUUGCGUCAUCUUUCGCCGGGUUGAUUGCACUCGGUGUUUUCAAGCUAGACGGCGUACGUGGACUUAGCGGCUGGCGCUGGUUAUUCAUCAUCCAAGGUGUUGCUACCUUUGUGGUAGCCGUUGCUGCGUGCUUCGUCAUUCCGGAUGAACCACUAAAAACCUGGUGGCUCAGUCCACAGGAACGCCAGAUGGCUUACGACCGAGUGGCAAGGGAUACUGUUGGGCAUAGCACUGACGUUUCAAUUUUUGCUGGACUCAAGGAAGCUGUUCGGGAUCCCAAAGUCUGGGUCUUCGUCUACAUGCAACACCUACAUAUUGCAACAAAUGGCUUCAAGAACUUCAUGCCAACAAUCGUUGACACCCUGGGGUACUCGGAAAGUGUCACGCUCGUCAUGAUAACACCCCCAUAUUUGAUAGCGGGAAUCAUCUCAAUCGGCUGGGCUAUAUCGUCUGGCCAUUUCAACGAACGCACCUGGCAUAUCACGAUUGCCAAAGCCGUCGCUAUUCUUGGAUUCGUGCUUGGGUGCGCGACCAUGAAUGUUGGUGCUCGCUACUUUGCCAUGUGUGUCUUCACCAUCGGCACGUAUGCUGUAAAUUCCAUCAUCCUAGGGUGGGUGGCUUCUUCGUGUGGCCAGACAAAGGAGAAGAAGGCUGCCUCUCUGGCUAUUGCCAACGUUGCUGCGACACUCAGCUUGAUUUGGACUCCCUAUAUAUGGCCUGAAUGGUCGGAGCCCCGUUUUGUCUUCCCCUUAGCGAUGAGCGCUGGUAUGGCUUUGGCUUGUGCCGGUGGAGCAUGGCUGAUGCGAUGGAUGCUAGUUCGAGAGAAUAGAAAGAUCAGGAUGUCUGAUUCCGAGACCACUAUGUUUUACGCCUAUUGA